AUGGCACCUAAGCAGCCGGAAAAAAUCGAGAAUCCUCCGAUGGCGUCAGCACCUUCAUCCGAAAAAGAGUCUGGUUCUACUGAAAAUGAAUAUGGUUCUUCUGGUGAAGAGACUAACUCUUCGGAUGAUGAACAUGAAGAGGCUAGAGACAAUGUCAUAAGCACUCCCUUAUCUUUUGGUCAAGAGCUCGUCUCUUUCUUUAAGGUUGAGAAUCUGACUUAUUUGGGUAUUGAUGAAGCAAAGUGGAUUGCAUACUGGGAUAUGGUCAAAGAUGGACCAAAGAAGCGUGAGGUUGAAAAACAAUUGAAGAAGAUGCUUGCUAUGCAAAUGGAGCUUUUUAUGAUGAGGACUGGAUUUACAAAAGAGGUAGCUACUGUGUUAUUUAAACAAGACAACGCAUCUUCUUCGGGUAAGUAGGUGGAAGAGCUGGUGGUAUGUUGCUAGAAUGUGUUUGAAUUUUGCAGCUUUUUAUUGGUGUUUUG